GGCGUGCGUUGCAGCGGUGGCGCUGGAGAGUGCACGGAGAGACAGAGACAGAGGAGAGAGCACGGAGAGAGAGAGAGAGAGGAGAGAGAGCAGCACAACAAAGAGAGAGAGGCGGGGAGAGUGGAGCACACACACACAGAGCUACUACACACGCAGCGAGAGAGAGGGAGAGACGCACACGCACACAGCGAAGAGACGUGAUGCUGUAGACACAGUCGCCUGACCGGUGACCUGGAGAGACGCUCUUCGCCGAGAGGAUUCGAAGACGGGAAGGGAGACGGAGAGCGAGCAGGGGAGAAAGAACAGCAAGGAGAGAGUUAGAGGGAGGUGAGCGGCUGUGGCUGGAAGAAGAGGAGGACGGAUGAGGGAGGGAGGGAGGGAGGCUGGAUGCGUGAAGAAAACAAAUAUGGCUUCGUGAGCAAGGCAGUAACUGUGGCAAGACGCGACCCGGCUCACAGUGGAAGAGAACUCGAGAAUCGCGGUUUUGAUUUUAAUUGAAGGAGACAAACGUCUGCAAGGAAUCCAUCACCACCACCACCACCCCCAUCAUCAUCAUCGCCGUCACCAUUCGGGAUGCAAUCAAAGGCAGCCUCCAGUUCUCGCCGUUGCCUUUCCAUCGCGAUGUACCGAGUAUAGAAAAUAUACGGAAUGCUAUGAAGCGUUGGUGUAUUAUUUAUUGUUUUAUAAAAGCAUAGGUGAAAUAUUGAAGACAUCGCUUUUGAAGGUUGCCCCCCCCCCCCCGGGUGCGGGCCUCAGCCUUCGUUCUCGCCUAGAAGCCCCCGCCGCCUUCGGCUUCGCGUUCCCCGCAGACGCUGCCGACCCCGGCAGUCAAGACACCGCGGAGUCGGACCCGACUUCUUCUCGCCGUAGGCUUUAUCAGGCCGGCGACGUCUUUUUUUUGCAAUCGUCUCCGCAGUCGCAGGCUCAGUCUCUCUCGAGCGGUUGUCUUUGUCGUAGUUACGACGAAGAUAGAGAGAGAAAGAGAGAGACGAGAACGUACGCCGGGCUUACCACCGCCCCUUGCCUGAGCACCCUGCGGGCCAGUGCGCGCCUCUGUCGGAGGCGGCGUCAGGCUGCAAGGGGGUCGGGGUGGACGGGUCAGGCCUCUACUGCCUUCGCUAAUCGCCAUGUUGCGAGACAUCUAUUAAUGUUAUAGUAAAGCCGUCAAUAUAUACGGUCUCUAUAACGCUAACAUCGCUAGCUGAUAGGUGUCCGUCUUCAUUAUCUCGACGCUACACUGCCCAAGCAAAAACGUCUAAAUGCGAUAGCAACGAACGGAGGAGCUUAGCUGGGGUUGAGUUCCGUGUGCGGUCAAGACGUCGUCGUUUUCAACUCGAUCUUCUAAUCAACAGGAGCAGUAGGACUGCCGCAUUCUUAAUUUAUUGAUGUAUAAGCGAAGCCGAGCGGCAUGGUUGCGUAAAGUUUGCGAGGGACUUCUGUCCGUCGUGGUGGUGGCGGCGUCGGUGGAAAUCGCGAGCGCGGAUUCCUCGCGACUCGAGACCAUCGCGAUGACGGAGCAGACGUACUCGUGGGCAUAUUCGUUGGUGGACUCCAGCCAGGUGUCCACCUUCCUCAUCUCCAUCCUGCUCAUCGUCUACGGGAGCUUCCGGUCCCUAAACAUGGAUGAGCCAGGCCCCGGAGAGAAGGACAAGGAGGGCGGCGGUCACUCUCCCAACUGCACGGGGGCUUCGAGCACCAACAACAGUACGCAGCGCAUCCAGACAAUAGACUCGACGCAGGCGCUCUUCCUGCCCAUCGGCGCCUCCGUGUCGCUGCUCGUCAUGUUCUUCUUCUUCGACUCGGUGCAGGUCGUCUUCACCAUCUGCACCGCGGUGCUCGCGACCAUCGCGUUCGCGUUCCUGCUGCUGCCCAUGUGCCAGUACCUGACGCGGCCCUGCUCCACCCAGAACAAGAUCUCGUUUGGCUGCUGCGGUCGCUUCACAACGGCCGAGCUGCUCUCGUUCUCGCUCUCCAUCGCCCUCGUCCUCAUCUGGGUGCUCACCGGACACUGGUUGCUCAUGGACGCACUAGCGAUGGGCCUGUGUGUCGCGAUGAUCGCGUUCGUGCGACUGCCCAGCCUCAAGGUGUCCUGCCUGCUGCUCUCCGGCCUGCUCAUCUACGACGUCUUCUGGGUGUUCUUCUCCGCGUACAUCUUCAGCAGCAACGUGAUGGUGAAGGUGGCCACGCAGCCGGCCGACAACCCUAUCGACGUGCUGUCGCGCAAGCUGCACUUCCCGCAGGGGGGGCGCGACGGCCCCCGCCUCUCGCUGCCCGGGAAGCUCGUCUUCCCCAGUUCGAGUGGAAGCCACUUCUCCAUGUUGGGCAUCGGCGACAUCGUGAUGCCCGGUCUGCUGCUAUGCUUCGUGCUGCGCUACGACAACUACAAGAAGCAGGCGAACGGCGUGGACCCAGACGCAGCGUUCCCCAGCCGCAUGCAGCGCGUCUCCUACUUCCACUGCACCCUCAUCGGAUACUUCAUCGGUCUUCUGACGGCCACCAUCGCGUCCCGCAUCCACCGGGCCGCCCAGCCUGCACUGCUCUACCUGGUGCCCUUCACGCUGCUGCCGCUGCUCACGAUGGCCUAUCUCAAGGGCGACUUGCGACGCAUGUGGUCCGAGCCCUUCCAAGCCAAGAACGGCGGCUCCAAGUUUCUCGACGUAUGAUGGGAGCUGCGUUACCCCGUCCCGGAAUGCUGCCAGCGCCGGCCAUCGCCCUGCCCAACCCGGAGCCCCCGAACGUCAGCACGCACACAGCGCCAAGGCCUGGACUGUCUCCCCUCCAGCAGUGCCCGACCGCUAGCCUGACCGCUAGCCCGACCGCUAGCCCGACCGCUAGCCCGACCGCUAGCCCGACCGCUAGCCCCAUACACCUCGGGCCGGUGGCAUUGGUCAAGAAAGUCGUGCUGAAUUUAUUUGUCCACUUACUCCGCCACACCCACAAUGCCCAACCCAAACCUCGAGCUCCUUCGGACCAUAACUGACGUGCACAACCCAUUGGUUUGGAAGUUCUGUUUAGUUACGUUUUCCAGUUUAUUUUGUACCGUUUGUAUUUCCUUCCACCAGUCGUUUUUUUUAAUCGUUUCUAUUUAUUGCUUCGUUGUUAUUUUUUUUUUCACGCGAAAUAAGAUUGAAAAAAGGGACCCCACUUUGACCGACGCCCCCCCCCUGCCCCUGUCCGGGCACCGUCGAUCACGGAGCGUUCGUGGCCACCCUUGUGGCUUCUCCAAUUCGACCCGCCACUGCACCGUCGCAUGCACGGCGCCGUCUGUGUGUCACACAAGCCCCCAGCCGUUGUGAAGUUCAGGGUUCGUCGUUUGUGUGUUUUGGUUUGGGUCAUGGGGAGGAAGGGUGGUGGUGGUGGUGAGCGAUGUAGGGGCUAGGUUGUUACUGCUUUUUUUGUUGUUUUUAAAACAAGACUGACUUCUGAUCGUUGCUGUGCACGCGAGCCGUGGAUGAUGCGCGAGAUCCCCCGUUGCUCGUUUAGAAGGAGGAGCGAUCGGAGCCCUGGCGACCGAUGCCUCAGGUUGAUUCCCCCGCAUCCCCCACAUGCCCCCCUAUACCCCGCAACACCCCCCCCCCCCCAGGCCCCUUGCCCACUGGGACUCAUGAUCAGUGGCGGCAGUAGCAGUAACAGCUGUCACCACUGUCCCCUAGCGGCAAGACAUCCGCACUCUAUGUUUACAAUGAACACGAGAUGAGUGGCCACCGGUCUGCGUCUACCCUUCUGGGGGGGGGGGGUAGGGGAGGACCCCCCUCCCUCUUCUGUCAUCUGACCCCGUAACCCUGGAACGCAUCUUAACCCACCGCGAGAUCCGAAGCGUGACUUCUUAACGCGGAGCGGGAGGGGCGUUUUUUUACGAACGUCUUUUACAGGUUUUGUAGUUUUGUCGUUCCAUUGUUUGUGUCGUCACCGUUGUCAUCAUCGUCGUCGUCGUCUUUUGAGUUGAUUCCCGCCCCUCUAACUACGGUGUACGCUGCUGUGUGCAGCGGCAGUGGAGCGAGAGGGGUCAGAGGUCGUACAGAAGUUGGGGUGAUGGGGGUGGGGAAGAGGUCGCUCAUUGCCAUCGAACCACUGUCGUCCCCCGGCCACCUCACCAGGGCGUCUGGUGGCCACGUGGCCCGUCUAUUUAAAUGGCCUCUUGUCAUUGCUACGAAUAUUGUUGUUAUUAAUAAGUAUAUAUAAUCAACUACUGUACAUUGAAUCCACGGCACUGCCAGUGGCUGCUUGCGGUGUGUAAUGCAGUGCCAAAGGUGACUAAAUAAAGCAAAUUAAUUUGCGGCAGGGGUGGAGUUGGGUGUCUGGGGCGUGUAAAAUGACGUUCUCGGUCAGUUGACUCGUUGCGUUUUAAUUAAAAUGUUCUCUGGCGGCUCGGCCGUUGGCGAACCGUCGAGACUCGCAGACCUCCAUCUCGGCAAGAACGCGUGCACAGACGAGAAAGCGAUGCACAGACGAGAAAGCGAUGCAGAAAGGUGCGGUGAACGUCGAAAGCCUCUGCUGUCGUCACCCGUGUAGUCAUCUUGACGACACCAGCGUAGCAGCCCAUGGUGCCAGACGCUGGUGCUGCGGAAGUACAAAAUUCGCUUGAACUUUUUAUUUUUGAACUUUGCACGUGGUGUGCGCGUGCAUGCGUGUGACGAGUCCGACGCGUGCACGUACGGCGUGCGGUUCCAGUGGGGUUGGGAGGGGAGGAUGGUUUGUGUUGCUUCUUGCGCCAAACCAAGUCGCCCCCUUCUUGAUCUUCCCAGCCUUCCAGCCGUGCUGCUCUGCUUCAUUGCGAGCCCACGUUCGGACACUUCGUCCAUCGCAGCUUCUCACCGAGAGCACGUUUGAAGGCGUGUACGGAUUACGUCGGUAAGAGGCUAACCCGCGUUUAAAAAAAAAAUCGUACGAGGACAGCUGGAGCUUGCCCUGGCUCGGAUGCUUAACGCCGACCUCUGCUCAGCCGCUAAGCGGAACGAGUAAUGCGUUUUGCCGUCCUGAGCAAGGUUGACAACUUCACCCUCUUAUAACCCACGUGACUUGACCUCGAUCAAGGUGUGCGGUGA